UCUCGGCGGCACUGCUAGCGCCUGGAAACGGGACUAGCGCGCUAAAAGAAAACUACAAGUCCCAAUGAGCGUCGCGUUGCGACGGUGGCUGGGAAGGGUCAAGCAACCCCCCCCCCCUUUCCGAUUCUGACCGCAUCGGCUGCUGCCCCGAGAAAGCGCGGACGCCCCCUUGUCCUGGCUGACAGCGAUCCUCGGCCUGGCGCCAUGGAGGAGCCGGGGACUCCCGUCACCGCCUCCGCCUCGCCUCUGGCGCUGGUGCCCCUACAGGCCGACGGGGCCGCCGUGACUGUGCUGCGGGAAGCGGCCCAGGAGCCUCCCAAGCGCCGUAAGAGGAUCCUGGACGAGGAGAGCUACAUCGAGAGUUUGGAGAAAAUUAUUCAGAGGGAUUUCUUUCCUGAUGUUGAGAAGUUACGUGCUCAGAAGGAAUACUUGGAGGCUGAAGAAAGUGGCGACUUAGAGAAAAUGAGACAAAUCGCUAUCAAAUUUGGCUCCUCGUUGGGGAAAUGGUCCAGGGAGUCACCUGCACCAUAUGUUACUCCAGCCACGUUCGAAACACCCGAAGUUCACCCAGGCACCUCUUCCUUGUUGAACAAACCAAAGAUCGGGAUCAAAGCUGCGGAGGAAGGAGAAGUGGAGAAAGAACAGAGUAAGGAUACUCUUCCCAGCCUGGACAGCUUCUUAAUAAAACACACCAGUGAAGAUAAUGCUUCAUUUGAGCAGAUCAUGGAAGUGGCCAAAGAGAAGGAAAAGGCCAGGCAUUCUUGGCUGUAUGAAGCAGAAGAGGAGUUUGCCCAGCGACGACUUGAGAAUCUGGCACUUCCCUCAGCAGAGCAGCAGGCACUAGAGAGCGGGAAAGCUGGCGUGGAGACCUGGGAGUACAAGGCUCAGAAUUCCCUGAUGUAUUACCCACCAGGUGUGCCCGAUGAGGAUGACGUGUUUAAGAAGCCUCGCGAAGUUGUCCAUAGAAACACCCGCUUUCUGAGAGAUCCAUUCAGCCAAGCUGUGAGCAAAUCCCAGCUCCAGCAGGCAGCAGCCCUCAAUGCCCAGUACAAACAGGGCAAAGUGGGGCCAGAUGGGAAGGAGCUGAUCCCCCAGGAGUCUCCAAAAGUGAAUGGAUAUGGAUUUGUGGCCACCCCCUCUCCUGCACCUGGUGUCAACGACUCUCCUCUUAUGACAUGGGGUGAGAUAGAGAGCACCCCAUUACGAGUAGAUGGGUCAGAAACGCCAUAUGUGGACAGGACACCUGGACCAGCCUUUAAGAUCCUGGAGCCUGGGCGCAGAGAGCGGUUAGGGCUCAAGAUGGCCAAUGAGGCGGCUGCUAAAAAUCGAGCAAAGAAACAGGAAGCAUUAAGAAGAGUCACGGAAAACUUGGCCAACCUCACUCCAAAAGGACUGAGUCCAGCUAUGUCACCAGCGUUGCAGCGACUAGUAAAUAGGACUGCGAGCAAAUACACUGACAAAGCCCUGCGAGCCAGUUAUACCCCUUCUCCAGCACACCCAGGAACCCCUGGCGACAAGACCCCAGCAGGAGGGGGUCACACACCCACUAGCACCCCACCUCCGAGGACUGUCUCUGAGACUCCAGUUACACAAGAUCCUGCUUCAAUCACAGACAACCUGCUGCAGCUCCCUAAAAGACGAAAGGCAUCUGAUUUCUUCUAACUACUGCCUUCACCAGCAGGGGGCUGCAUAAUUGGCUGUGCAGGGCUGUAUGCAAGCUGAGGGCAGUAUACGUUGCCAGGAGCAAGGGGCAUUUGCUUAAAGCUGCUAGAAUGUGACCGAGCAGUUGCUGGAUUUGGUACCUUUUCUGCCCUCGAGUAGUGCAUAGUUCCCACACUUGACAUGCCAUUACUAGAACAAGAGUGGAGCAGCCUGCGACAUGUUUUGGAAGCAGAAUAUUGACCAGUAUGAUAUAAUUUUUCUUAGUACCAUGUGGACAUGUUACACAGAAUCGAUAGGGGACAAGGACGCUUCCAGAAAUAGCAUAAAAGGGCUUGGACUUUUGGAAAAUAGCCAGAAAUGUUUGGGAUAUUUUUUGUAAUUCUCCUCGGUUUUUUAAAAAGCUUGCCCCUGCUGACUGCAUUUGAGUGCCUCUCUUUCUGUACAGAUGUGUCUAUUUAUAAAGUGUAGUGAGCCUUUGUAUUAAGGCCUGAACCAAGGUGUGAAACUUCCUUGCUUAUGACUUUGCGUUCCACCGAAAAAUGCUGUUCUGCUGAGUAAAGAAGAGAUGUAGGCAAGUCUCCGUAUUCUUUCCUCUUCCAAUCCCAAUUCUGUAUAGAAAGAACCAAACUAUCAGAAAGCCUCUGUAUCUUUCCGUCUAUUUAAACUGCACUCUUCAGUGUCCAACAGGCCCCAUGGCGAGCAUUAGUCCUUUGAGAAUACAGGGGAGCAGCCUUCAGUGCUCACAUUUUCUAUUAGUCUGCCUUCCUGGAUAGAGUCCAGAAACGUGGCGAAUAUUUUUGCCCUGCAGUGAAGUACAGCAGGAGAUACGGAUGUGAGUGUGCAUCUGAAAUACCCAGCAAGUUGUAGAUGUCAUAAAGAACUUUGGAAAUCUUAGAACCUAAGCAGAAAAAACAAGUCGUCAGUGUUUGGUCUGAAGCACACAGGCAUUUUACAAGGCUCUGACACUGAAUGCAGUCAUUUGGGGGAGAGGCCAGCCUGCGAAAGUGAGAUUUACUAUUGCUGUGGCAUCACCUUUCAAGUGCAGAGUCCUUGUGUGUGUUGUGUGGGGGUCAGAGUGGAAAGUCAGCAGCCUUUAUAGUUUCUUGUGCACUAGGAAAGUGCUACGCGCUGCCACUGUUGACAAGGAAUGCAUCCGUCUUUUUGUGUGUGUCUUAAAUAUAAUAGUUGCAAAUAGAGCUGCCACCUUGACCAUCUGAUGUGGUUUAGGGAGCCACAACACAGCUCCAUAUGGUCCUGAUCCAGUUUCCACUGACUUCAGUGGUCAGCUUCUCAUUGACUUCUGUGGCCAUUGGCUCAGGCCAUAUUUGAAUUGGCGAGAUCCCUUGGAUUUUCUAAGGUAUAAAAAUUCAAUUUUUUUUUGUUAAUGGCCAAUCUAUGUGUGUGUGUCUCUCUCUCUUAAAAGCAGAACUUGUCUUACAAGC